AUGCGAAUUUACCAGAAAAUCAAUUCAAUAAGAUUUGGAUCAUAUAUUCAGUUAAUUGGUUCAAAAGCAUUCUAUAAUUGUAAAAAUUUGUCAAAUAUUGAAUUUCUGUCAUCUGUCAAAUCAUUGUCAGAUCAAUCUUUUUACUCAUGCAAAAAUUUAGUUAAUGUAACAUUUUACAAUGGAGUUGAAUCUAUAGGCGAUAAUGCCUUUGAGUAUUCUAUUAUCGAAAAUCUGACAAUAAUUGGUACGAUUUCUUCUUCAGGUUAUUAUUCAUUUGCAAACUCUAAACUUGCUCUUGUUAAUUGGUUAAAUGCCACUAUUCAAACUUUGAAUUCCCACACAUUCUACAGUAGCACCAUUAGAAACAUUUAUUUUCCAUCCUCUUUGAAGAGGAUUGGUGUAAGUGCCUUGUCAAGAUGUACUAUAGGAAAUUUGAUCUUUGAAGGUGGAUCUUUGAUACUUGAUGAAUAUUCUUUACAUUAUGCCACUAUAAAUUUCACAGUUUUUCCAACAAUCGAAUCAAAACAUUACUAUUCAAUUUAUUUUACCAGAUUUGAAACUGUAACUUUUACACCAGACACGGUAUUAAUUAGUGCUAAUUCUUUUCGAAAUACAGUACAUGGCCAUCCAACAACAUACAAUCGUGUCUCAACAGUAAUAUUAACCGAAGCUGUUGAAUCCAUUGGUGAAUAUGCCUUUUUCUCACUUGGAAUUACGACAUUAAUAGUGAAUGAAAGACUGAAAAACAUUGAUCGCUAUGCAUUUGCGCAUAACUCUUUCACAAACGUUACCAUUCCUUCUCCAAAUUUAACCGUAAUCAAGGACCAUGUAUUUCAUGAAUGCACUUCUUUAGAAAAUUUAACUUUGCCUGAUUCGAUACAAUCAUUUGAUGAUUAUGCUUUUUAUAACUGUCCUCUAAUAAACUUAACAAUUCCAAAUGAUUUGAGGUAUAUUAAACAAUUUGCACUCCACAGAUCAAAGUUUACUAAACUAGUGAUUCCUCCAAAUUUCUCAAGGUUUUACCAGAAUUCGUUAGCAGGUUCAAAUAUAAAGUAUUUAAUUUAUCCAUUCCAUGUUAUAUUGAACUCGUAUUCAUUCGCUGGAAGUACGAUACGAUUCUUAGAUAUCCCAGAAGGUGUAAAAGAAAUUCCAGAUCACUGUUUUUAUGAGGCAGAAGUAGUAUUCGUUCGAAUGCCCUCAACUCUGACAAAAAUCGGACCAUAUGCAUUCGAACAUACAAGAAUUUCAAAGCUUUUGUAUUUCAAUCAUACAAUAGAUAUUCAGGAUGGAGCAUUUCAAUACACACAAAUGAGGAAAUUUGAAUUUCCCGAGGGAACAACAAGAAUCAAUUCAUAUAUGUUUCGUCAUAGUUUUCUCACUGAGAUCAAACUUCCAAGUACAUUGAAAUCAAUUGGAGAAUAUGCAUUCUAUAACACAUCAAUAACACAUAUUGAAUUUCCUAACGCAACAACUUCGAUCGGACAUUUUUGUUUUUGUUUGACAAAUAUGACACAUUUUGAUUUGCCUCCCAAAAUAUCUUAUAUUGGGAAUUUUAUUUUUAUGGGUCUUAAUAUAACAAACAUUACCCUUCCAUCCACGCUAAAAUCAAUUGGAUCUGGCGCCUUCGUACAAACAUUAAUAAGUUAUAUUGAACUUCCUGAAGGAUUAGAAACAAUUAAUUCAGAAACAUUCAGCGAUACACCAUUAUCAAAUAUUAGUCUUCCUCGAUCUCUGAGAUAUAUUGGUUCCAAUGCAUUUGCUCGAACACCUAUUGCAUUCCUUGAUUUACCAGAUGCAUUUUAUCAAUUUUCAGAUCAAGCAUUAGCAAAUUCAAAUAUUAAUGAUUUUACUCCUCCAAGUGGUUUGAGACAGAUCUAUUCAAGGACAUUUGAGAAUUGUCCAGUAAAGAAUAUAACUCUUCCAGAAGGAUUUUCAUUUAUCCGUGCACAAGCAUUUAUGAAUUCAAAUGUUAUAAACAUUACAACUCCUUCAACAUUAAGACGUAUUGAUUAUGAUGCUUUUGCAUACUGCCCUGUUUCAAGCAUUGAUUUGUGGGAAGGAAUGGAAUAUAUUAGUGAAAAAGCAUUUAGAUUUUGUAAUAUCACAAAUAUCACGCUUCCGAGCACAAUUCGUAGAAUUGAAAGAUAUGCUUUUAAUGGUAGUAAGUUAGAAUCAAUUGCAUUCAAUAGUUCAGCAAUAUUUUACGAAUACUCAUUUGCAUAUACCCCAAUGGAAAGAUUGGAACUGUUUGAUGGAUUAACAAUGAUUUACAAAUAUUCACUUGCCUAUUCAAACUUAAAAGAAAUUGUUGUUCCGGACUCAGUCACAUAUAUUGGAGAAUUUGCAUUUGCUAACUCUACAUUACCAAAUAUUACUCUACCAUCAAAUUAUACAUCCAUUGCACAAUCUGCAUUCGAAUACGCAGGAAUAAAAUACUACACAAUUACAUCAAAUAUCACAUCUGUUGAGCAAUAUGCAUUUAGAAACAGCCGCAUUCUAAAUAUUUCAUUUCCUCCAUCUCUAAAAUAUAUUGGAGAAAGUGCAUUUGAAAGAUCUGAUAAAGAAUAUAUUGAUCUUCCUGAAGGAAUUACUAGAUUGCCAUUAAAUGUAUUUAAACUAUCAAAGCUCCGAAGUAUAAACAUACCAAAUACUGUUGUCCACAUUUAUAAAACUGCUUUCUUUGGCGUUCCUAUGACAGAUGUUGUAAUUCCUGAUUCUGUACAAUAUAUAUACGACAAAGCUUUUGCAGAAUCAAAUUUAACAAAUAUAACUUUGGGAAGAAAUUUGGUAAAAAUGGGAUCCUUAAUUUUCACUCAUACUCCAAUGAAAGAACUCGUCAUGAAUCAGAAUUUCCAAUAUUUUAAUGAUUCAUCAUUAGCUGAAUCAAAUAUCACAAAUGUUACUUUACGUGAAAAUCUGAGGCAUUUUGGAUACUAUAAUUUCAAAGGAUCUAAAUUGGAAUACAUUGAUAUACCUGAAGGUAUUACAAGUAUCACUAAAUAUUCAUUUGCAGGUAGCCUACUGAAAGAAAUCAAUUUGGCGUCAUCUGUGGAAUCAAUAGCUGAGUACGCAUUUAGUAACUGUCCAAUGACAUCAAUUUCAUUUAAAGAAGGAACACGUCGUUUUGAUUCUUGGGCCUUUUCUAAUUCUAAUAUAGUGAAUUUUACUCUGCCACAUACUCUUACAAGUAUUGGAAGCUACUGUUUUUCUAACACUCCAUGUGAGAAUAUGACAUUUUAUGAGCAAUUUCAAGAUGUUGCUGAUAAUGCAUUUACUGGUAGCAAUGUGAAGCAUAUAAUUUUUGGAAAUGUCAGAUAUAUUGGAAGAGAAGCAUUUGUUAAUUCAGCUAUUGAAACAAUAAAGUUCCCAGAAAGAGCAUCUUUAUCAAUUAGAUAUGGUGCAUUUAUGAAUUGUGAAUUACCUGAUAUCAUUCUUCCUGAAGGAACACAUAACAUCGAAAAGUUCGCAUUUAGAGGCAUAAGAUUAUAUAAACUGUUCAUUCCAUCUUCACUCACUCUAUCACAUAAUUGGUCAUAUGUUGGAUGUCAAAUUAAUGAAGUUGAAUUACAAGAAGGAGUUGUUAAUAUACCAGAUUAUUAUUUCUCAUUAGGAGACUUCUAUUCGUUCUCUAUUCCUUCAACAGUUACAUGCAUUGGAAAGUUUGCAUUCCUGUCAUCUUGGAUGAAAGAGAUAACAAUUCCUUCAGGAUGCACUGUUUCUCACCAUGCUUUCCAUGAUUGUCAAGCAUUGAAAAAAAUAACAAUUGGUGCAAACUGUAUUAUCAACAGGAAGUCAUUCAAUUUCUGUAAUAAUACUGAGAUCAUCCAAGUCUCAGAGAAUAUUGAAUAUAAAGGUAUUGCUUUUGGAGAUCUUGUAAAUAUCAGUUUAGUUUAUAGAGGACUAUCUGAUAUUUCAGACGAAAUGGCAAUAAAUAAUUAUAAACAGAUUAAACUUCCAACUACAUUGAAAUAUAUAGAAAACAAUGCAUUUUACAAUACAACAUUAAGGCAUAUUGAUUUUCCUGAUGGGUUAUAUUCAAUUGGUUCUUACGCCUUUACUCUGACAAAUAUAACUCAUAUUGACUUCAAUAGUGGCUUAUAUUCUAUUGACCAAUAUGCGUUUUACAAUUCAAAUGUUACUGUAGUUAACUUCAAUAAUGGAUUAUAUUCAAUUGGUCAAUACGCAUUUUCCAAUACUAACCUGACUCAUGUUAACUUCAAUGAAAGUUUGCAUUCAAUCGACUCAUAUGCCUUUUCCAAUACUAAUCUCACUCAUAUUGACUGUAAUAAUGGCUUAUAUUCAAUUGGUUCAUACGCUUUUAUCAAUACAGAUAUAACAACGGUUAACUUCAACGAAGGAUUAUAUUCAAUUGGUUCAGGAGCAUUCAUGAAUUUAAACAUUCCUAGAAUAAUAUGUAAUGCAUGA